UCUCCUCCUCAAAUUCUCCACCUGCAUGCUGCACGCUGUGCCUGCACGUGGAGUAUGAGAGAACGGUGUUUGAUAUUUAAAGUUACGAUAUUUUACAUAAGGAAAAUUGUUAAAGCCUAAGAAACUUGCUGAUCUAACAUACGGAGUAUGAGAUAAGAUUGCAGUGUUUCACCGCGAAACUGGACCGAAAACGAUUUAUAAGGCUCAAUUAUUUUCGAAGCCGCGUAGAACGUUUUAAACAUGGUAAGACACAACAAUCAAUUACCGGAUAAUCUUCCACAACUGCAGAAUCUUAUCAAACGUGAUCCAGAGUCUUACAAAGAAGAGUUUCUUCAACAACAUCAGCAUUACAAGUCUACUUUAGAAGUCUUUCGUUUGGAGCCCACGCAAUUUAACAAAAGUCUCGAUGAGCUGAUAACCUUCUUGGCUCAGGUAGCCCAUUGCUAUCCAGGUGAUUUGAAGACAUAUCCCCAAGAGAUUGUCGAUAUAUUACAAACUCAUAACGUCCUACUAGACAAUGGAAUGCGAUUGACGUUUUGUAAAGCGUUGAUCCAGCUACGCAACAAAUCCCUUUUAGAACCUACUGCACUUCUCAGUUUAUUUUUUGAACUUUUAAAAUGUCAGGAUAAGGUCUUAAGGCAGUUUCUCCAAACGCAUAUAGUUACAGAUAUAAAAAAUAUUAAUGCAAAGCAUAAAAAUGCGAAGGUCAAUACAGUAUUACAAAAUUUUAUGUUCUCUAUGCUAAAAGAUCCCAAUGUCAGAGCCGCGAAGAUGUCUGUGGACAUUAUGAUAGAAUUGUACAAGAAAAAUGUCUGGAACGACGUCAAGACUGUUAACGUUAUAGCGACGGGUUGCUUUUCGAAAAUAACAAAAGUAUCGGUCGCUAGUUUGAAAUUCUUUUUGGGAACCGACCCAGAGGAAAAAGGAAGUGACGAUAGUGAUUCGGAUGAUGAGCCAAGUAUGAAGGAAAUCAUGUUGUCCAAUAAAGUAAACAAGAAAACGAAGAAACGAGAGAAGCAAUUAAAGAAAGCUAAACAGUCAUUCGUAAAAGCCAAAAAGAAGAAAUCUAAGGCGCCGCAAUAUAAUUUUUCGGCGUUGCAUUUAAUUCACGACCCUCAGGAUUUUGCUGAAAGAUUGUUCAAGCAGAUAGAAAAAAAUAAUGAUAGAUUUGAAGUAAAGCUUAUGACUCUGGAUGUUGUCUCUAGACUUAUUGGCCUGCAUAGUUUAUUUCUAUUGAAUUUUUAUCCGUAUAUACAAAGGUUCCUUCAGCCCCAUCAACGAGAGGUUACCAAACUUUUACAGUUUAUAGCUCAGGCUUCACAUGAAUUAGUACCACCCGAGGUGUUAGAACCCGUUUUGAAGACACUGGCAAACAAUUUCAUAACGGAAAGAAAUUCGGCGGAUGUAAUGGCUAUUGGUUUAAAUACUGUACGUGAGAUAUGUACACGAUGUCCAUUGGCUAUGAGUGAGGAUUUGCUUGAGGAUUUAACACAAUACAAGCAAUACAAGGAACGUUCCGUCAUGAUGGCAGCGCAUUCUUUAAUUGGCACGUUUAGACGUUUAAUGCCCGAUUUAUUGCGUAAAAAAGACAGAGGCCGUUCUACAGAAGCCAAUGUUAUGAUAAAGUCGUCCAAAUACGGCGAAAUUCGGGCUAGCGAGUUUGUACCAGGAGCAGAAGUUUUAUAUAAUCAAUCUGCUGAGAAUACUGGAGAGACUAAUGAUAGUGACGAAGAAGAUAAUGACGAAUGGAUCGACGUAAGUGAAAGCAGCGAGGAAGAAAUCAGCGAGGAGGAAAUCGGCGAGGAGGAAGUAAGCGAGAACGUGUCGACAGCUGAUUUGGAUGAAACGGCGAGAUCUUCCACUAGCGAAAAUGAGGAUAAUAAGACUUCAACGUUAUCGCAUAGCGAAAACAACGGUGCACAGAAUACUUGUGAAGCGAAUAGCGGAGAACAAAAAACGGAUAAAGUUUUGCGAAAGAAAAAAGUUUUAACGAAACAACUGAAGAAGGCGCAGAAAUUAGAGAAGAAGGCGAAACACGAGUCCGAGAAGAACGAAGAAUUAACGGCUGAGAGAAAAACAAAAGCGUCUGUAAUAUCCACCGAACGAUUACUCACGGACAAAGACUUCAGAAAAAUUGACGUCGCGUUAGCAAAGCAAGACGUAACGUACGUUAAGCGUGCUGUUAAGAGGCCGCGUGAUCAAAUCGAGACCAAUCAAGGUGGAGAAUUGGUAAAACUUAGCGAUAUAGAAAACAUAUAUAAGAAACGCAAGCAUGAUAAGGCUGCUCGACAGAAAUCUGUGAAGAAGGGACAAGAAGCACGGGACAAAUUCGGUUUUAAAGAUCGACGACAAAAUCCGUCGUGCAGUACAACAAAUCGUGAGAAAAGAAAAGGAAAAGCAUUCUCGAUGCUGAAGCAGAAAUUGAAAACGAAAGUAAAACGAUCUUUUAGAGAGAAACAAAUAGCUCUUAAAAAGCAUCUGAUAAAGCAAAGGAAAAUGAAAUAAUUAGUGUAUUGUAAUUAACUUUUAUGCAUUUUUCUUAAUAAUAGUAAAUUUGUUGCCUGUACAUACAAUGUACAAUGAUUUUAAAU